AUGUUAAUCAUCUCGGAAUUCAAUCCUCAAUUAAUGCAUUCGGACGAUUCCGAAGAUGAUUAUGAUCAUCAAUCCAACCACAGAAACUCUUCUAAUGGAGCCACCACCAUAAAUCAAAUAAUCACCUACAAAGGACAGAUUUCUUCUCUUAAUGAUGCUUUGUUAAUUAUUGAGGCAUGUCGAUUGCAGAAAUUACCCAUGGUGACACGAAGAUUGACUGGCAUUGAACGAAAUAAAUUUAUUAAGCCCAACACCGUAUUUGUGUGGAACGAAACUCAAUGUGGUAUGAAACGAUGGACCGAUGGCAGGUUAUGGUCGGCAUCGAAAGUUUACAAUGGGAAUUUUUUGGUCUAUAAACAAUUGAAUAAAAAGACUAAACGUGAACAAGAAGAAGAGGAAUCAGGUGGGCAAGGAUUAGUUAAACAAUCGUUUUCAGUGGUGACCAAAGAUCAUCAGCGAUACCAUUUAAUUAGUUAUUAUGAAAACAUUCCUGGGACUUUUAGACCAAGACUGGCCUCCAAACAAGCAACUACAAUCAAUAUACCAAGUCAGGAUUCGAAAGUUUGCCAUUUAGACCUUUCAAAUACCGUAUAUCCUGAUAGUUUAUUGAAUAGUGUUUAUAAAAGAAAACACCAACAACAACAGUAUGAACAGAAAUUAGAACAACUCCGUCAACAGAGUCAUUCACCAGCAAUACUAUCCAACAACAACAACAACAACAACAACAACAACAACAACAAUAACCCAGUACAUCAAGAGUCUUACCCUAGUCCCGGUAUCAACUCCAACUUGUAUUCACCCAUGCAUCAAACUGCAACUUAUUGCAAAUCGUCAUCCAGCUUGUCCAGCUCUUCCAGAUCUUCUAGUUCUUCACGUUCCUCCAAUUCUUCAUCUAGCAACAUAACUUCACAACGGACGACUCAAUCUUCAUCACCAUUACCAAUGUCAUCACUAAAUACUAAAUCUGCAGCUUAUUUUACCUCGUCUGGCCAUAACCAUGCUGCUUUUGCAUUACAGAGAGCUAGCCCUCAGAAUCAUCUACAACGCCCUCAUAAUACAUUGACUUUACAGCCAUUGUCUAAAAUCUCCCAACUCUCACAAACACCGACAUUAGGAAACAACAAUAAUACUGGUAUUAUCAAUGAUUAUGAUAGUCGCACCGUUAGUGUAUUGAACAAGACCUGGUUAAAAUAG